CUCAGAAAGCUCGGGUUCCUGAGCAGACAGCAUCAUCAUGACUAGUGACGACCAGUUUUUCUUCGACUACCUUGCCUCGAUACCGCAUGACGUAAGGAGAUAUUCUCUCCAAGUCGCCGAGUCGAUCGACCGACAAGUGGACCACGCAGCCAACGCACUCCGCGAUACCCUCUCCAGCCAGUCAUGGCUACCUACUUCCGUUCGGCCCGUAUCCAGAAACCGACCCAGUCCGCCCAUACCGCGAGGAUUCGUUGAUCGCGUGCACAGUUGGUUCUUGCGCAACCGGGCAUGGAGUGCUGCCAUCAUCGCGUUCUUGGGCACCAGCUGUGUGUUGUAUUAUGGGAAUAAGAAGCUGAACGGAAAGCGGCGGAGAGCCAGGCGAGCUGGAAAUGGAGCCCGGAAGGAAAUAGUGGUCAUCGCCGGGUCGCCCCAUGAGCCGAUGACCAGAGCGAUCGCCGCCGAUUUGGAACGUCGAGGAUACAUAGUCUACGUGACAGUCACAUCCGCAGAGGAGGAACAUAUCGUGCAGUCGGAAAAUCGAGCAGAUAUCAAAGCCCUCUGGCUGGAUCUCUCAGCCACACCCUCCUCACCUUCCGAAAUACAUCCCUCCCUAAAUGAGAUCUACUCCCUUAUUUCUCGACCUCAGUCACCCAUGGCCGGUGUGCCCCCUCACACCUGCCAACUAAGCGGCCUCAUCCUCGUGCCCUCUCCGAACUACGCCUCCGGCCCCGUGGCUACAAUCCCACCAUCCUCCUGGAUCGACACCGUCAACACCCGCCUUCUCUCCCCCAUCCUUACGACCCAGCUCUUCCUCCCUCUCCUCACCCUUCGCAACUCCAACAGCACUAUCGUCGUCGCCUACCCGUCUAUUUCCUCAUCCCUCUCCGCUCCCUUCACCGGACCCGAAGUCGCAACCACUCGCGCACUGUCAGGGUUCGCAACUUCCCUGCGCAGAGAACUCAGCCUCCUCCAACAGAACAACAUCGACGUUGUGGAACUCAAGCUCGGUAACAUCGACCUGGGUUCGCAGUAUCGCAACGCCCAGAGCCACAUCACCGGCACGGAAGUCCUUGCCUGGAGUGUGCAACAGCGGUCUCUAUACGCCUCGCAGUAUCUCAACAGCAUCGAACAGCGACCAGCUGCAUCCGCUGGGCCCAGCACGAUCCGCGGCUCGCCAGCCCGGGCUCUACACUACGCUGUCCUGGACGCACUAGACCCCCCAUCGAAGGACAUCUUCGGUAGAAGGGUGGCCAAGAAUUCGGUCAUCUAUGUCGGUCGGGGAGCACGGACGUACCACUUCAUCGGCGAGUGGGUUCCUGCUGGACUCGUAGGCUGGAUGCUGGGGUUGCGGACCGGACAGCAAACACCCUCGGAGAAUGGGAGUGGGGGAAGUAGUGAGACGAGCUGGGAGAAGGUUUAAUGGUUUAAGCAUAUUAAUGAUGGGGGUUCCUGAUACGGAGUAGUGUUAAAUGAUAUCAUCUCAUCUCUUCUUUCUUCUCUAACGCGUCACAUUGACAUUCCUUCUUGACUGCAUCUCUUCUUAUUCACAGUAAGUAGUUAUAUGAGGGAUUUUGAAUGAACUAUAUGUAAUAUAUCUGUGGUUAAAGCUAUACGC